AUGAAGCACUUUCUACUCCCCCUCGCCUCUCUCCUCAUAGGCUCCAGCCUCGCUGCAGAUGUCACAAUCACAGCUCCAGUAUCCAUUCCCUCCAAUGAGCCCGAGUGGAAGGAGAGCAAGUCUUUCACGUCGGCCAUCCUGAACAGCACCAAUUUCUACCGCGAGGAGCACAACGCCACCUCUCUUGAGUGGAACAAGACCCUUGAGGAGUUUGCAACAGACUACCUCGACGACCUCGACGACUGCGAAUUUGAGCACUCCGGUGGUCCCUAUGGCGAGAACCUCGCUAUAGGUUAUCCCAACGUCACCGCCAGCGUCGAAGCGUGGGGUGACGAGCGCGACAAGUAUGACUUUGACGACGCUGAGUUUACCGAAGAGACGGGCCACUUCACCCAGCUUGUCUGGAAGGACACCACUACUGUUGGCUGUGGGAGGAAGUUGUGCGGUGAGAAGGGAUGGUAUCUUGUCUGCGAGUACUGGCCCAGGGGAAAUGUCAAGGGCCAGUUCAAGGAUGAAGUCAUCAAGGAGGAGGGCGGCGCGUUCUCGACGAGGCCUGGCCUUGGAUUGGCGUUAAUUGUGUUUAUCGGAUACCUUCUUCUUACGGUGUAA